ACUCUCAUCCUCAUCCCUUCAGAUACAAACAUCGAGAGAGAGAGUGAGAGAGAGAGAGAAAGCGGUGAUGGAUAGCCGUGGCUCUUCUUUCUCUAGCUUCAACUCCUACCUCCGAGCCCUAGCCGACACGCCCAGCCGUCUCGGCCGCCGCGCCGCCUCUGUCUCCACAUCCUUCGAAGAAAUGAGCCAAGCCCGAGCCCGCUCCGGCUCCGACAUGCGCCGAACCCUUCGCUGGUUCGACCUCGUCGGCUUCGGCAUCGGCGGCAUGGUCGGCGCCGGCGUCUUCGUCACCACCGGCCAAGCCAGCCACCAAUACUCCGGCCCCUCCGUCAUCCUCUCCUACGCCAUUGCCGGCUUCUGCGCCCUCCUCUCCGCCUUCUGCUACACCGAAUUCGCCGUCGAAAUGCCCGUCGCCGGCGGCGCCUUCAGCUACAUCCGCGUCACUUUCGGAGAGUUUGCGGCAUUUUUAACCGGUGCGAACCUAAUCAUAGAUUACGUGCUAUCGAACGCAGCAGUGGCUCGAAGCUUCACGGCCUAUUUAGGUACAGCAAUAGGCUUAUCCACCGCAACGAAAUGGAGAGUCUCAAUCUCUUCUCUCCCAAAGGGAUUCAACGAGAUCGACUUUGUCGCGGUGGCCGUAGUACUAUUCAUCACUCUCAUUAUCUGCUACAGUACCAGAGAGAGUUCGGUUCUGAACAUGGUGUUGACGACGCUUCACAUUCUGUUCAUAGUGUUCGUGAUCGUAGUAGGGUUUUACAGGGGAGAUUCGAAGAAUUUUACUAAGCCGGGUGACCCGAGUCAUCCGGGCGGGUUCUUUCCUUUCGGAGCUACGGGGGUGUUCAAUGGUGCUGCGAUGGUGUAUCUGAGUUAUAUUGGGUACGACGCCGUGUCGACCAUGGCGGAGGAGGUCCAAAACCCGGUUAAGGAUAUCCCUAUCGGAGUGUCCGGUUCGGUUAUCGUCGUUACCGUUUUCUACUGUUUAAUGGCCGCUUCAAUGUCCAUGCUGUUACCUUAUGACAUGAUCAAUAAAGAGGCGCCGUUUGCGGAGGCGUUCAGGGGAGGAUCUGGCGGUUGGAGAUGGGUUUCGAACGUGAUAGGUGUGGGGGCCAGUUUCGGGAUAUUGACAUCGAUGUUGGUGGCGAUGAUGGGGCAAGCUAGGUACAUGUGCGUGAUCGGACGGUCGAGCGUGGUCCCCGCUUGGUUCGCUAAGAUUCACCCCAAGACAUCCACGCCCGUUAACGCCUCCGUUUUCCUCGGACUCUGCACAGCUGCAAUUGCCCUUUUCACUGAUCUAAAUGUACUCCUCAACCUAGUAUCCAUCGGCACACUCUUUGUCUUCUACAUGGUGGCAAAUGCUGUAAUCUACAGACGUUAUGUCUCAGUGGGGACAACAAAUCCAUGGCCUACGUUGUCCUUUUUAUUUUGCUUCUCCUUCACAUCAAUCAUAUUCACCAUGAUUUGGCAAUUUGCUCCGCCUGGCAAGCCCAAGGGGUUUGUGCUCGGUAUCUGCACUGUAAUCGCCAUCGCUGUGGUACAACUGUUUCAUUGUGUAGUCCCACAAGCUCGAAAACCCGAGUUCUGGGGGGUCCCUCUGAUGCCAUGGAUACCAUCUAUCUCAAUCUUCCUCAAUAUUUUCUUAUUGGGUUCUCUUGAUGGGCCAUCCUAUGUGAGGUUCGGAUUCUUUUCAGCUCUUGCAGUGCUUGUAUAUGUUCUAUACAGUGUUCAUGCUAGCUUUGAUGCUGAAGGAGAUGGGGGUCCUAGUCAAAAGAUUGGUGAAAUUAUGAAGGAAUCAAAGGAAAGUGAGGACCACAGUCUCAAAGUGUAAAAGUAUCACUUGUUUCCUUGAUUUUUAUUUUUAUUUUAUUUUUUUUCACCAACUUGUAGCUUUUUUGUUUAGUUGAUGGGUACUUAGAUAGGAUUGAAAAGAAAAAAAAGGGAAGAAAAGAAAGGAAUAUACUGCAAAUUUUUUUUGCAGUAUUAGCAAGUUGUAUAGAUGCUUGAAAGUAAUGUUUAGGUUGAGAUCUUUUUUUGUAAAUUGGGUCAUGUUAAGUCCAUCAACUUUAGAAUUUUGAGUUGAAUUUUAAUGUUUGACCUGCUAUUGUUUAAAUGAACGAAAGCAUGACAAGAAGUUAUGAAAGAUUAGUGUUGACUCA